ACCGGGAUUUUCUUUCCAGCCGGUUUCUCCUCCAGAAGAAAGUAAAUAAAUAAAUAUUUAUUUCACGUCCCUAAAAACUUGAAUUUCAAAUUUUAAAAGAGUAAAAAACUCCAUUUGAAUAAAUUUAAGUGUCACACCAACUUUGAUACUUUGACAUCAAAUUAACAAAAAAUGGGGGUGAUUUGUUAUCGUUAAAAUAAAUAAAGCUAAAUAACUUGUCAUCCAAAUUUUGUAAUUCGACGAUGCCGUUCAAUCUCCCCUUCGUCCAAUUGACGCGGAACAUGGUGCUCGACAAUGUCGCCGUGUCGGAAUGUAAAACGGUCAAAAUUUCGGGAUGUUUUCUCUGCGGGAUAAAACCGCUGGCGGAUUUUCGGUCACUGCCAGAAACUGUCACCCGGCAGGAAAAAGCGUCCUUAUUUCGGAACCUCUUAAUCAAUCCAACCAUCCGUAAAAAUACGUCUCCGUCAAGUUAUAACCAAUUCAUGUCCACCACGGAAUCCUGCUCGGAUUGCUUAUCUCUCAUUAAAGAAGUUUGCGCCCGGCAGCAAGAAAUUGUAGCCUUGGAGAAAGAGUUGGAAAAUAGGUUGGAAGAAUCUAGGCGAAAAUAUUUCAAUGGAUGUGAAAUAGUCGCUAAUACUUUGACAGUUGGGCGUAUCAAACUUCACGCAGGCGGACAAGACAACUCGUCAACUUUGGCCGGAUUAUCUAUACCAGCAAGAAAAUUUUCACCUGUGCAAAUGUCGCCAGAAAUCGAGGACGACGAAAGGAUAAGUCGUGAAAACGAGGAAGAUAUGUCCCUUGACGAAGAAGAGAACACGUCCUCAGAAUGGGACGAAGACGACGAGGAAGAUAAGCCCUCAGAAUUUGCCGCUGAAAAGGAAAAUAUGUCCAUUGACGAAGAAGAGGCCUCAGACUUUGACGAAGAAGAGGAAUACACGCCUCCAAACGGCAAACCAACUGGAAGAACAAUGCAGUCGAAUAAUAAGCAUUCUACUAACGCAACCGUAAACGACUGGAUAUGCCUCCACUGUGGGAAAGACUUUAGAUCCAAGGAAUACCUUAAGCGACACAAAGAAAACAGAGUUUGCACAAAAACCAGACCCCCAAAAAUUGAAGGGCCCUUCGCAUGUUCAAAAUGUUUCAAACUAUUCCCCACCAGGAGAUGCCAGAUUACUCAUGAGAUGCACGUUUGCAAUAUCGUCUACACUCAGGAGCAAGCGGAGCCCAUGACGCUAUACACGUGUUCCUUGUGUAGCAAGCAGUUUGUGAAUUUGUGCGAUUAUCAACGUCAUUACGGCAUCCAUUCCAAGGUGAAGAAAUUAGUCGUUCUGGAUCAACUCCCGCGCCGCCAUCAAGACAACCAUACCUCUAAAUAUGUAAAUGAAUGUGAAAUACUCGGUAAUAGUUUGACAGGUGGGCGUAUCAAACUUCACGCAGUCGGACAAGACCACUCGUCAGCUUUUGCCGGAUUAUCUACACCACCAAGAAAAUUUUCACCUAGGCAAAUGUCGCCAGACGUCGAGGACAACGAAAGCAUAGACCCCGACGAAGACGAAAACAUGUCCUCAGAAUUUGACGAAGAAGAGGAAUGUACGCCCCCAAACGGCAAACCAACGGGGAGAACACUGCAGGCGAAGUACGAGCAUUCUAAUAACGCGACCAUAAAUCAUUACGGCAACCAUUCCGAGGUGAAGAAAUCAGUCGUUCUGGAUCAACUCCCGCGUCGCCAUCGCGAUAACCAUACCCCUGCAAGAAAUGUUAGCUUCGUCGCUGGGAAAUCGGUUGAUUCAGUGCGUCAACCUCAAGAUAACCGUAGCCCCAGAAGAAACGUUAGUCCCAUCGCUGAUAAAGAAAUAUCCCCCUAUGAACCACUACUCGGGGGCAAGCUUACAAUCCACCAUUGUCCCCAUUGCACCGGAUGGUUUGUAAAAGAAGACAAUUUAAGGACGCAUUUGGCCACGAACCACCGCGCCGUCUCAACACUCCUACAGGGGCAACGGCGAAGUAAUGCACAUUCGUAAACCGAGAAAGGCUGAGUUUUGUGCACGUGUCAUUAAAAAGACCGAGGACAAAACAACGAGGAAGAAGAAACGUCCUGCAAUCCCGAAGUUUAAUCCCAACGUCGACUUUUCAACCGCUUCAGUCGAGCUUGUUGAAAAUUAUCGUGCAAAGUAUGCACCAAAGCUCAAAGUGAACGGAUACUUGUACAGUUUUGAAAAGUUUGGGUCCAACAAACGAAUUUGGGCUUGUGGAUGGAAAAGUAAGGAGAAAUGUCCGGCGCGACUGCACACUUCGAUGUCCCUUUCGCCAGUCGAGAUCCUUGGUGAACUUCGAACUCAUAACCAUGAGCUGGUCCAUGUGGUGGAGAAAAGUGCCACCCAAAUUCCAAAUGCAUCCGUGACUUCAAGCUUGCAGACGAGUAGCUAAUAUGUAAAUAUGUAAUUCGCAAUAAUUUUUGUAAUUGAGGACAUUUUGUAAACUUAUUUUAAGCAAGUCAUUUAACAAUUAUUUUCCGCAAUUAUAUACAGAAAUAACUGUACGAAAACGAUAAAACAUCCCAAAGUUAAGUCUCAAAAAUUCUGAAUUCCCAGUGUGGUGAGAAAUUUGUUUUUUGCAGCGAAAUGAAUCGUCAGAACGUAAAGGCGAAUUAA